UUGCCAUCCAUGGACACGACGUUUUCGCGAAAGGCGGCGGCGGCGGCAGUUCUGUGGCUGGGAGGAUGGCUGCAUGCGGUGGCGGCGCUGGACCGUUCGUUAUACGGCAUUGACUACGACACGCGGACGUACGAGUGGGGUGGAUGCAAGAGCAAGGUCGACAUGCGGCAGGACUUUGUCGUGUUGAAGCCGCUGACCUCCAACAUCCGUGUGUACAGCAUCGACGACGUGUGCUUCGGUCGGUUGCUGGAUGUGGCGUCAGAAGUGGACAUGCGGCUGUGGUUGGGCAUUUGGAGCAAUGUGAACACGACCGAAGACGACUUUGAGCCGGAAUUCGCCCGGUUGCAGCAAAUGGUGGUCGAUGGCCGCGUGCGCAACGACAACGUCGUGGGCAUCCACGUGGCGAGCGAGGCGCUGUUCCGGUACUACUCGCGGGAUGCGCACGACUGGGCCGAGGAGUACAGCGGUGUGCGAAAGCUGUUUGGGUACGUCUCUCGUGUGCGCGAGUUCCUGCGGGCCAACGACCUCACGUUCCCCGUGGCCAUUGCCGACGUGAUCGACUCGUACAAGUCCGUGCCCGAGAUCUACAGCGUCGUGGACGUGAUCACGGUCAACCAGUUCUCGCAGUGGGAGGGCGGGUGGUCCAUCAACGGAGCAAACCUGCUCUUCGACCGGAUGCAGGACAUCCGUCUCGCGGCGCGAAAGGCCGGCAAGCCCAUCCUUCUCUCUGAGACAGGGUGGAGCGCCAACGGUUCGACACCCGACAUCAAGGAAGCAUCUCCCGCGUCGUCCGCGACGUACCUCCACGACUUUAUGCGACUCAUGGAGCAGCAAGACAUGGCGUACUACUACUUUACGUCGUUCAAUUUGGCGUGGGGACAAGAUUCCGACACGGGCGAGAUCGAGCGCAACUUUGGGCUGUUUGACGAACAUCGCAACCUGUUGCCACAUGUGAAAUCUGUGACACUGGGAGCAUACCACAAGCCCGUGCGCAUUUGGCAUCAGGGCCAAGUGGUCAAGGCGGACGGCCCCAACACUCACUCGUUUGGCCGCGUGUACUUGGAUGCCCCCGCCCGCGGUCUGAGUGAUUCCCUCGAUCGAGAGAUUUGGUUCUACGACCAACAAGUCGGAUCGUUUCGAAGCCGCAGCACCAACAAGUGCUUGACAGUAUCAAAAGAACCGGGCAACGACGACGGCGGCGAGUGGGGGUUGAGUGUGUCGUGGUGCCAACCACCUCUGGACGACGGACGUCCGGCGUCAUCGUCGACGCAGCGAUGGCAUGUGAAUGCAAAGCAAAACAUCAUCGAAGUAGUGCGCCCGCCACCACCUGUCGAAGACCAGGAGGACGCCACGUCAUCAUCGCUCACGUGCGGCGCGUGCAAAAACUGCCAGUUUGCCAACGCGUACUUUUCGCUGUGUUAUGUCAACUGGUCCCGGUCCGAUUGCAAACGCAUGGGGGCGGACCAUCACUGGUGCGGCUCGACCGGUCGCAAGUGCCUUGUUGGCGGCCGCCGCCAAGAUGACGUGGCAGCCGGCGAUUGCAACGUGCAAGACCCGGCCUUCCGUUUCCACCUCCGGCCACUGGACGCCGAAGAGCUCACGGUGACGUCCAUGGCGUUGGGUCGGCCACUAGCGGCGACGGCGACAGCGGCGGGGGUCACCAUGGAGCUCAAGGGGUCCAUUGCUACAACGUCCACGACGUGGUACUAUGACCCGAUGUUCCAGCGGCUCCGCAGCAAAGCCAUCCCGUCCGACUGCCUCGACGUCGUCGACGAGUUUGGCCGCGUGGACACGCACUUUUGUGAUCACCGCCGCAGCCAGCGCUGGUCAUAUAACGAUCUCACGGGCCAGCUGCUGCACAUGGGCCACCUCGGGCGGUGCCUCCAAGCGGCUGGUAGCGUCGUGUUUGUGGACUUUUGCGACUUGGGCGUGCCUACUCAACAGUGGACGCUGGAUUUGAUCGUCCACAGCUAAAACUACGAGACGUGUGGAAUAUGGGGUGGAUGGAUGUACAGGUACAAAUAUGCAUAUAUAUGUAUAUGCACGAGGAGGACUGUACAAAACCGCUUUGGACGACAUGGUGUCGUCUGUCAUAACACGAACAUAUUUAUGAAUCGGC